AUGCCUCCCCAACGCCGCGCUGCCUCCAUUGGCCAGAAGAAUAAGACUGCCGGAGGCACCAAGAAGCAGAAAGUCGAAUGCGAAGUCGGCCCUCGCGUCCCGGGAACGAAAGAGGCAUGCCAAUCUCAGCAACCCGUACUGCAGAAUCAUGUGCCGACCCAGUUACUAGACGUAUACGUGUUCGGAACUAAUUGCUAUGGCGAGCUCGGUCUGGGCGACCUGACGAAGAAGUCAGAAAUCGUCCGGCCAGUCCUCAACCAAAAGCUGGCCGCCGACAGCGUGGGAGUGGUUCAUCUGACCGUGGGAGGAGUUCACUCGGCGGCUUUGACUCAUGACAAUCGAAUCCUCACAUGUGGUGUCAACGACGAGGGUACCUUGGGGAGAGAUACGAAACAGGAGCAGAAAGGGGAGACCGACAGGGAUGGCGCGAAUAAUGUCAAUGGCGAAACGGAGUCCGAGCACGAGAGCGAUGAUGACGACAUUACCCUCAAUCUGAAUGAAGCAACCCCACGACCUGUGAACCCAUUGCUCUUCCCCAAGGGAACCGUCUUCGCUCAACUGGCAGCAUCGGACAGUGCAACUUUCGCGCUUACCACAGAGGGCUUAGUUUAUGGCUGGGGAACCUUUCGAGGAGCUAAUGGAGGGAUUGGCUUUGGGCCGGAAAGUAAGAAAGAGCAGAGAACUCCUGUCCAGAUUCCUGUUCUCAGUGAUGUUGUGAAAAUCGUUGCGGGUGCCCAGCACAUUCUCGCAUUGACGUCAAACGGCACGGUCUUCAGCUGGGGAUGUGAUGAACAAUAUCAACUAGGAAGACGCCGCGCCAGCCGACGGCAUCAAUCCCAUCCUCUUGUCCCAGACCAAUGUGCUCUUCCUUCCGGGAUUGAAGAGAUUGGGGUCGGAUCCUACCAUUCCUUUGCUGUGCAUCGAAGCGGCGCGGUAUAUGCAUGGGGAUCCAAUAACUUUGGGCAAACGGCGGUUCCGAUGAGCGCAGGUCAUCAUGAUGCCACUGUAGCGUUUCCCACAGAGGUUCGUGCCUUUCGGAAAUAUGGUAAAGUGGUCAUGAUAUGCGGGGGAAAGGACCACAGCAUAGCAAUUACGGCACUUGGCCGGUGUCUGACCUGGGGUCGUAUUGAUAAUAAAGCACUGGGAAUGGGGGCUGAAGACAUGCCGCUGUCAGAUAUCAGUUACGAUGAAUACAGCAGACCCCGCAUCCUGAGGCAGCCGCAUAUGCUCCAUGGCAUUAGUGACCGGAUCGUAUUCGCAACCGCAACGUCGGACCACUCCUUUGCCAUCACCGAAGCCGGAAAGGCCUAUAGCUGGGGCUUCAAUGUGCAAAGUCAAGCUGGCCAACCUGGUCUCGAUGAGGUAGAAAGACCUACCCUUCUUCACAGUAAGUAUGUGGAUGGUAACAGACUGGUAUCAGCCGCCGCCGGUGGUCAGUUCAGUAUCGUCAUGGGGAAACACCUGGCAAAGACCACAAGUUCCCAUGCAUGAUAUGUUUGCCGCAGU